CUGAAUGGAGCGUCAGCUGCAACUUUUCGUCAUAUUUGUUAAGGGAGUUUGACCUUACGCGGACUUUGUGAGUAACUGAAGAAACAAAGCUUCUGAUGUGAGAAACAAAGUGACACAUUUCCCAAGUCCGAAGAUGUCCCAGGGAUGUACAAUUUCUGUGGAAGAGAUCCAGUCUUGGUGGGAAGUCCCCGCCAUAGCCCACUUCUGUUCACUGUUCAGGACGGCGUUCAACCUCCCGGACUUUGAAAUAGAGGAGUUGGAGAAAGCCCUGUCAGAGCAGGACUUUGACUUCUUAGGUGACCUCAUCGCCUGUUUGCUGCAGGGAUGCUACCAGCGAAAUGACAUCACCCCCCAGGCAUUCAGCAGUUACCUGGACGACAUCAUUAACUACCGCUGGGAGCUAGAGGAGGGGAAGCCCAACCCACUUCGCCAAGGGCCCUUUGAGGAGCUGCCUCCCCGCAUUCAGGUGGAGCUGCUGCAUCGGCUUUGUGACUACCGUCUAGAUGCUGCUGAUGUCUUUGACCUGCUAAAGGGCCUUGACGCAGACAGCCUUCGAGUGGAACCACUGGGGCAGGAUGGGAAUGGAGCCCUCUACUGGUACUUCUAUGGCACACGCAUGUACAAAGAGGAACCUGUCAGGAGGAAAGUAGAGAAACUAAGCGAAGCCCCUGAAGUCAAACCACCAGAGAAAAAGAAAAGAGGAAGACCACCAAAAAAGAGAAAAUUAGAGGACACUCUGCUAAGUGAGGUUGAAAGUGAAGUAAAGAUGGAGAAUGGACUGGAUAGCCUGCGCUUUGACACAGACCAUGAGCGAGGCGCUUGGUCCCUUGUGUGUGAUACAGAGGAAGAGUGGGUCAGUCUGGCAGAGAGCAUCAAGGACAAAACCUCCCCACAGGACCGCCACCUCUACCGCAUCAUCAGCCAGAACUUCCUGCCUGAAAUCAGCAGCAUGAUUGAGCACAAGGAGAGGGAGCAGAAGCAGAGGUUGCUGGAGCCAGCCCCAGUCCGCAUCUCACAACGGCUCUCUGAGAAACGCAUUAACCAAGAGGAGGAGGAGACUCUGAUGGCCAUAGCUGAGGUGGAGAAGAGGAAAGAUGAGGAUCUAGACAGACAGGUCCUGCUGGCUGAGCAACGUCGAGAAGAGGAGAGACUCCUGCAGGAGGAACGUCAGAGAGAAGAGAUGGAGAGGAUCAAGGCUGUGGAGGAGCGAGCAAAGAGGCGGAAACUUCGCGAGGAGAGGGCAUGGUUGCUCUCUCAGGGAAAAGAGCUGCCCCCUGAACUCCUGAAUCUGGAGCCACAUUCACCCAUUCGCAAAGCCCGCAAGACUAAGGAAUUCUAUGAAAUCGAUGAUGACUAUACUGCUUUAUACAAAGUUUUGGAGGCCCUGAAAGCCCAUAAAGAUGCCUGGCCGUUCAUGGAGCCUGUGGAUGACUCCUAUGCCCCAAAUUACCAUGAAAUUAUCCAGAGGCCUAUGGACCUGUCCACCAUUGAGAAGAAGCUGAACAACGGGGAAUACAUUGCCAAGGAAGAGUUUACUGCAGACGUGAAGCUUAUGUUUGAGAACUGUGUUGAGUAUAAUGGAGAGGACAGUGAAUACACCAUCAUGGCGGAGUCUCUGGAGCGGUGUUUCAGCCGUGCACUGCUGAAGCAUUUCCCCUCAGAGGAUGGUGACACGGACGAGGAGUUCCACAUCAGCAGUGAGGACAAGGAGCGCAAGGAGAAGAAGCGCAACCGUGGCAGCAAGCAGGCAGGGCCCGAGAGCCUGAUCAAGGCCACGGAGCAGGUCCAACGCAAACAAAACCCCCAGAGGGGCAAGGGCAGCACCCCUACAGAGGAGGAGGGCAGCAAGCUGUCCAGACCACCCCCUUCUCCUCACUGGGCCAAUGGCCCCCCACAUCACCAUGGCCUGCCUCCAAGCCAGCAGCACAUCCAUGGGGGAGACAUGAGGGGCAUGUACCACGCAGGACAACAGCUUCAUCGACCCCCCGGUCCCCAUGGUCCGCCUAUGUAUGCCCAGAGAAUGGCCAUGGAUCCUUGUUUUGCUUAUCCUGGUCAGGGGGCUCACAUACCCAGUCAUGGGGACCCCAAUCUGACCCCCUUGCCUCACAACUUCAGCAUGCAGCAACAGAUUGGUGAUGGACAUCAUGCAAGUCCUAGAUAUUCAAUGGGACCAGACCGUCGGCAACUCCAGCCCCAACACCAGCAGCAGCAUCCCUACAUGGGUCCUACCCAUGGCCCCUCUCUGGGUCCACGUCCAAUGGCACUUCAGCCUGGACCGCCCCCUGAAGCCAGCAUGUACCCAUCCCGCCACACCAUGCACCCCAUGAGAAACCGAUACUCAAGUCCAGAGGGGCCACCCCAGCACAACUACCCAGGCUUUGGACCCCCUGGCAUGGGCAUACCCAACAUGUGGCCUGGUAUGAAUCAUCAGGGCCAGGAAAGACCCAGUGGACCAUGCAUACAGGACCCUAAGAUGAUUAACCAGCACCACUACAAUCAUGGUGGCGUCCCACCUCCAAUGGGACAUAAACCCUGGCCAGAACCUGCUUCUGGGUACCCCCACCAUCCUCCACCUAAUGCUCAUUACCGAAUGCCAACAGCAACCAGCUCCUCAGGACCCUCACGUCCUGCACCCCAUCCAGAUUCUUCUGGCAGAGCAUGCCUGGCCUCCAUGUUGGAGAGCCCCGAGAUGCUGGCCCUACAGCAGCUGUCAGCCACUUCUGGACCCCCUGCUGGCACCCCUCGUCAGCACAUGGGCAACUUUCAGCAGCUACCGCCUGGGCCCCCUUCAGGAAUUGGCAGUACACCAGCUCACCCUCCUCAGCAGCUUCCCCCUCCCCCUGAGGUUCAGCUGCUGCGUCCUGCCAGAGACAAUAGACCAGACAACCAGCCUUCUCAGCAGACAAACACGCAGCCCAAAGGUUCAACAAUGGAGCCUAAAAUGGCUAUGAAAAAUGAUGACCAUGCUUCAUCACACACCAACAACAUUCCAUCCAACCAAGAGCACACUGCUGUUUCCAGCCCCUUAGAGCACCCCAGUGGGACAAAAGGGGAAAUGCAAAGCCCGCCAAUGUGCAAGUGGGGCAAAUCACAGACGCGGCAGUCUGGGCCUGGACUCCCACAGAGCACAACAGAGGUCCAUAACCAGGAGGAGGAGGAGGGCCAGGGCCAGGGACAAUCUGACUGCCACAGUCUGCGUCAACCCAGCAAACCUGAAAAUGAAACAUCACAUUUGAACAGCAAUAAAAACAUCUCUGUUGCACCCUCAACAUCCAAGGUCCCUGAACACCUACAGAAAAGCCCUCACCAAAAGAGCCCCUCACAGUCGCAGAAUGCACUGGAACAGCAUGUUGCAUCGUCUCAGAAUCUCGGUCUGCUAAUGCCUGAGAACAACCCACCUCACACACACAAUCCUCACCAGCAAAGUAACCAUAGUGAACAACAGCAGAACUUCCUGAAGCAACCAUCACAAAAGCAGCAGCAACAUCAUGUGGGUAAGACUACGCCCCCACAACAUCCCCCUCAGAACUCUCCCCAGAAGAUGACCCCGAACUCUAAACAAGAUCUCCCUCCUCCUCAUCAUGUCAUUCACAACAACCCUACACAGCGUGUUCUUCCACAAGCCAGCCCCAUGCAAGGAAUGUCAAAGGGCGCCCCACACAGAGCCCAGUCAAGUCCCCCUCAGCCAGCCCCUCAUACCUCUCUGACCCCCAGCCAUCCUACUCCGCAACUUGCCCCACAAGCUAGCCCAGAAGACCAUGGAGAUCAGAGACCCUGUGAGCCCACAAACAGACCAGACUCUGGAGGCAGCUCUGUUCCUUCCCAGCACAACAUGGUGAAGUCUGGGCCUCCCAAUGGUAUUUACAUGCAGGGGGCCUUCAGCCCAAAGCCCCAUCAGUCACAGCUGGGUAGGCAGAUCCCAAGGGCGCCUUCAGCUAGCCACAACUCAGCUAUGCCCCCUCACUCCCAAGGCCAGGAGAAUGGAGCUAUUGGUCAAUAUGGGAUGGGGAGUCCUCCACAUCCACACUACAGCCAGCAGAACAUUGGCAGGGCUAUGCCUCCCUCUGCCCCCCACCCUUACCCCAACCAAGCCUUGAACCCCCACCACAACCCUGCUCACUACCCUCCCUACCACCAGCAAGGAGCGACUGCCUUCCCCUACCAAAUGACAAGCCAACAGCCCCCUCAGGCCCAUCCCAACAUGUUCCCUCCCCCUCAGUAUCUGCAGCAGCAUUACUACCCCCAGCCCCAUCCCCAAGCCCAAACUCAUGCUCAGGCCACAAGCAGAGGCCGAUACCCCUCCGAGGAUUGGCACAAGGCUCAGUUCCAACCUCACCACCCGAUGCCUCCGAAUGCCUACCAUCCUGUAGCUAGUGCCAGCAUCAAUGGGGGUCUGAAGGAGAGCAGUAUGUCACCAUUGGGCUCUGAGGGUUCAAGUGGCGUUACUGUUGCUGCUCCUGGCCCUGUGUCAGAAGUAGGGCCUCUACCUGGCAGCUCAGGAGAUGGAAGGGGUCAAAGUAGGGAACAAAACAGCAGCACCAGUGGCAGCCCAGCAAAGCAAGCUCGAAUCGAGGAGAGCUCUGAAAGACCUGAAAGCCCCAAAGAGAUCCUGGACCUCGACAGUCAUAAUGCUGCUGCUCGUCGCCGUACUGGCCAGCCACCUCAACAGCAGCACCCACCUGCCUCCACUGCACACAUGGCAUCCAGCUUCAUGUAUGACCCUCGUGCUGUUCACCCUGGGAUGCAACAUGGUGGUGUCCCUCCACCACAUAUGAUCUCUCAGGCUGGCAGAGGUGGAACCCCCUACCCUGGCCAGUCUUACCCAAGUCCAGGACACUAUGCUGCCCAAAGACCACAUCCUCACCUAAUGGAAGCCCUCCAAAGGCCCCAGCAGCUGCCCUACUCCCCAGGCCAAACACGCAUGGCCAUGUACAGACACCCCCAGGCUGGGGGACAUUUUCAGGGCAUGAUGAUCCAGCAGAGAGGCCUGGCACCAGAACACUUCUUACAUCCAGGGCAGCAGAUGAUGGCUGCUCCCAGUGGUCCUAGCAGUAAACAGGGAGUGUGAUGUGCAGAGUGAGUGCUAUAG